ACCUGUUUUAUUUUACGAUUAAGGUCGGUAAGGUCGGUGGACGAAAGGACUACGGUUUUGGAAAGGAAAAUACGAUUUUAGGUUUAAAGACAGCUUUAAAUUUAAGCUCGAAGAUGCUUCCUGCUGCUGCACGUUUUGCCAUCUUCACACCAACUUAUGGGCAAGUUCGUGGAAUGGCCACACUAAAAGACAUUCAAAUGCGACUUAAGUCUGUACGAAAUAUUCAGAAGAUCACUCAGAGCAUGAAAAUGGUAUCAGCAGCAAAGUAUGCUAAGGCUGAAAGGGAGUUGAAACCUGCUCGUUCCUAUGGCAAAGGUGCUCAAGCUUUUUAUCAACAGGCGGAAAUUAAAGCUGCAGAAGAUAAGCCCAAGACUUUGGUACUUGCCAUAACAUCUGAUAGAGGGUUGUGUGGAGCUGUUAACAGUAGUGUGUCGAAGAAAAUCAAAGCUUUAAUAUCACAAUCUGCCAGCAAUUCAGACAUUCGUGUUAUAUGUUUAGGAGACAAGUCUCGCACCAUGUUACAGAGGCAAUAUGGAAAAAACAUUAUGAUGGUGUUCUCUGAGUAUGGAAAGAAACCACCCACAUUUGAAAAUGCCACUGAAGUAGCUAAUGCUGUCUUGGAGAGUGAUUUUGAGUUUGAUAAUGGAAUCAUUAUAUAUAACACAUUCAAAUCAGUAGUAUCUUACAACACCAGUGAUAUGCCCAUAUUUACUGUCGAUACCAUUGGAUCAGCGGAUAAGCUAAGCAUAUAUGACAGUAUUGAUGCUGAGGUACUCCAAAGCUUUCAGGAGUUCUCCUUAGCCAGCCUUAUUUUCUUUGCCAUGAAGGAAAGCUAUUGCACAGAACAGAGCUCUCGAAUGACGGCCAUGGAUGGAGCCACUAAGAAUGCAGGUGAAAUGAUUGACAAGCUCACCCUCACCUUUAAUCGUACAAGACAGGCUGUUAUCACCAGAGAAUUGAUUGAGAUCAUUUCUGGAGCAGCAGCUUUGUAAGUGAAAUAGUACCAUGGCCAGCAAAUAUCUUGAAGAUUUCUGUUCCAUUAGUUUACAACAUGAAAGGAAAAAAAAACCUAAGAAGAAAGACAUUUCAAUUUAUAUCAAGGAAUAAUUGUUUUUUGAUGUAGUUAAAAGAAGUGUCAGUGUAGAUUCAACAGUACGUACAUCUGAAAUAAAAUGUUCUGUUUUUCCCAGGUAA